CCGGCGGGAGGGCCAGGCCCGGAGGCCCCCACCCUGGCGUGCCUGCCCCGGCCGCGGCUGAGGAGGAGGAGGAGGAGGAGGAGGAUGAUCUCCAGAUACACUCGGAAGGCGGUGCCACAGAGCUUGGAGCUGAAAGGAAUAACAAAACAUGCUCUUAACCAUCAUCCCCCUCCAGAGAAGCUGGAGGAAAUUUCCCCCACCAGUGACAGUCAUGAGAAAGACACAAGUUCCCAAAGCAAGUCUGACAUCACAAGAGAAUCAUCUUUUACAUCAGCCGACACUGGGAAUUCACUGUCUGCUUUUCCAAGUUAUACAGGCGCAGGGAUAUCUACUGAAGGAAGCUCGGACUUCUCCUGGGGAUAUGGUGAACUCGAUCAAAAUGCCACUGAAAAAGUCCAGGCAAUGUUCACAGCCAUUGAUGAACUCUUGUAUGAGCAGAAGUUGAGUGUGCAUACCAAGAGUCUACAAGAAGAGUGCCAACAGUGGACAGCUAGCUUUCCUCACCUCAGGAUUCUAGGUAGGCAGAUAAUCACUCCAAGUGAAGGUUAUAGAUUGUAUCCUAGAUCCCCUUCUGCUGUUUCCGCUUCAUAUGAAACAAUCUUGUCUCAAGAAAGAGAUUCUACUAUAUUUGGUAUAAGGGGAAAGAAGUUACAUUUUUCAUCUUCUUAUGCUCAUAAAGCAUCUUCCAUUGCCAAAUCCUCCAGCUUUUGUUCUAUGGAAAGAGACGAGGAAGACUCUAUAAUCAUCUCAGAAGGAAUAAUUGAGGAAUACCUAGCAUUCGAUCACAUAGAUAUAGAAGAGGGAUUUCAUGGGAAGAAAUCAGAAGCAGCUACAGAGAAACAGAAAUUAGGGUAUCCUCCCAUUGCUCCAUUUUACUGCAUGAAAGAAGAUGUCCUUGCUUAUGUGUUUGACAAUGUAUGGUGCAAGGUUGUGAGCUGUAUGGAGCAGUUGACACGUAGUCACUGGGAAGGAUUUGCCUCUGAUGAUGAGAGUAAUGUUGCAGUUACCAGACCCGAUUCAGAAAGUUCCUGUGUGCUGAGUGAACCACAUCCUUUGGUGUUACCGCGAGUGCCACAGUCUAAGGUGCUGUCCAUUACCUCAAAUCCGAUGAGUCUCUGUCAAGCAAGCAGACAUCAGCCAAAUGUGAAUGAUCUCUUGGUUCAUGGAAUGCCUCUACAGCCAAGAAAUCUCUCCCUAAUGGACAAGCUCCUAGAUCUUGAUGACAAGCUACUUAUGAGGCCUGGGUCCAGUACCAUCCUUUCAACUCGAAAUUGGCCAAAUCGAGCUGUGGAGUUUAGUACAUCAUCUCUGUCAUACACAGUGCAGUCCACCAGGAGACGCAAUCCACCACCACGAACUCUUCAUCCGAUCAGCACGAGCCAUUCAUGUGCUGAAACACCAAGAUCUGUGGAAGAAAUCCUCAGAGGAGCCCGAGUCCCAGUGGCACCCAACUCGCUCUCCUCUCCCUCACCGAUGCCCCUGAGUCGAAAUAAUCUGCUACCACCUAUUGGCACAGCUGAAGUGGAACAUGUGAGCACUGUGGGGCCACAAAGACAGAUGAAACCCCAUGGCGACUCUAGUCGAGCUCAAAGUGCGGUGGUGGAUGAACCUAACUAUCAGCAGCCACAAGAAAGGCUCCUUUUGCCUGACUUUUUCCCCAGGCCCAACACAACUCAAUCAUUUUUGCUGGAUACACAGUAUCGUCGCUCAUGUGCAGUUGAGUAUCCUCAUCAGGCCCGACCUGGCAGGGGAUCUGCAGGUCCUCAGUUACAUGGGUCUACAAAAUCUCAAAGCAGAGGCAGACCAGUCUCUCGAACCAGGCAGGGACCAUAAAGCAAAUGAGAAGAAUCUAUCAGGCUGCAGGAAACAUGAGAUUUCAUGAAGCAGUAUUCAGUCAUCAAGUGAUGCAGAGCUUGUAUAGAAGAUCGACUAGAAAUCAUCUUCAUGAAGAGUGAUUUUGGCACAAGUGACCGAAGAACAAAACACCGUAGCGGCCAAAAAUGACAUGAGUGUUGUUUCUAUCUCCAGUUACUGUCUCUUUCAGCAGAAAUUAACCUAUCCCAUUGGAAAGGCAAGUCUGUACCCAAAGAUGCAACAGUGAAUAAUACCCAAAUCACUGCUCAUGUUGUCUCUUAACAAUGAUCAGUUCAAUCAUAUAGGAUUUGAUGAGCUCACACAUACACAAAAAGCAGCAAAUCAUCAGUGACAAUAUCACUGGCUUCAGAAUACUUCAGCCUGUGUUCAUUUCUGGAGAGUUGUACUCAGUUUUAAGUCAUUUUGCUGUUGAAAAUCUGACCUCAUCAAAUAGAUGUCAUUCCUAAAACUCUCUUUAGAUGUCCUACCCUAUCAGCAGAUUAAAAUGGAAGGGGUGUGUAACUAAAAACAUAAAUGUUAAGCAUUAGUAUAAAGUAACUUCUGUAAUAAAUUAUAUCGCAUAUUUUUUUCAGAUAGGACAGCUCAACCUUACGAUGCCUACCUGAUGCCAGGUGAUGCUUAUUUUCUUCCUAAAGUAGGUUACUGGUCAUAUCUUUUUUCCAAAUAUUAAAUGCACCUUGCCAGAUAUUCUCCUGCAGCUCUAAGGAAAGGAAAUCAAUUUAAAAAUAAUUUGUAGAAUCUACUAUUGAGCCACCAAAGUAUAAUUCCCUAAAAGUUUAAGAAACCCUGGCAAUUAAUUCAGCAUAAACAUAUCCUAUAAACAGCAGGAGAGGUUCAGCUUUCUGAUUUUACUGUGGACCUUUUCCUAAGGGCAUUCAUGAAUGCAGCAACAGUUUUAACUAUGGCUUACAUUUAUUUUAAAUUUCACUAAAUACAAAUCUUGAUUGUCAUGCCAGUUUUAGAUCUUAUUAAUUUUCAGAAUGGAUAAAUUCAAAUAAUCAUAAAUUACGGUAACUUUUUAUUAUACCAAGGUGUUCUAAGGCCAUCAUAUGAAGACAGAUGCUUCAAACAACCUGUAUUAAAUUAUAUUUUUAAUAAAAUUAAAAUCUAUUUUUAACCUA